GUGCGCGUGCGCGCCGGGCGGCCAAGCCGCUGCCGGCUUGCCGGUUUCCUUCCUCGCCCUCGCUGGUGUUUUGGAAAUUAAAAAAAAAAAAAGAAAGAAAAAAAAUUUCUCCUUUAUUAGAUCGAGAAGAUGGGUACGAUGAUCAAAACCUACGCGCUUACGGGUGUGGGGGAAGACACGCGCGGGCCCUCGCGUGGGCUCCGCACGGCUGGCUCCCCGAUGCUGGCCCCCCGGCGGCGCGGGCCCGCAGCAGAGCCCAGGGCAUGCUAGCUGGUUAAGGAGACGUCAGGAAGAAAGUGGGCAGUCCUGGAGGUGUGGAGGAGACUGCCAACAUUGAGUGAAGGCUGAACUGAAAUUUUAAGGAAAAAAAAAAAAAUUUACUCUGGCACAGUGAUAUUCAAGCAGCAGCCCCAGAGGAACAAAGUCACAGAGGCUGUAAAGCUUUUGUGCCUUAACUACAAAACGGAGCCCCCGCCUGGGGAAACUGACAGGAAGGCCGCCACGAAGGCACUUAAGCCAGGUCGCUCUCCGCCCUGUUCCUUUGCUCCUACCAACACCUUCCCCCUUUGCCGGCUUCCGAGCGGAACCUUUUUCGCCUGUCCGUGCAGUUGAACCGCGGGACCAAUUUCGUCAACACAAUCCGGAGUAGUCAACAUGGCGGCCGCCAUAAGAUGCCUCAGUAGAGUCUUGAGACAACAUCAAAGGCAUUGUCUUUCCAAGACAGCUUACCAGGCCCCUCCUUACCCUUGCUCUGAGAAUGUUCUCUGGACUCACAGACAUUUUGCUGCUGCUGCUACAAAGCCAGCGAGGAAAAUUAAGAAAGAAGGAAAAGACAAGGAAAAGAUGUCAGAUGAAAAAGCAGAUGAUAUAGAAAAGAUAAAGUCAUACACCUACAUGGAAAGUGAACCUGAAGAUGAUGUCUAUUUAAAACGCUUGUACCCGAGGCGGAUCUAUGAGGUGGAGAAAGCUGUUGACUUACUUAAGAAAUUUCAGGUUCUGGACUUUACCAAUCCAAAGCAAGGCGUUUAUCUUGAUUUAACAUUAGAUAUGGCAUUGGGGAAAAAGAAAAAGGUGGAGCCUUUUGCCAGUGUUAUCAGCUUACCCUACCCUUUUGCUUCAGAAGUCAACAGAGUUGCUGUAUUUACAGGGAAUGCAUCAGAGAUUAAAAUAGCAGAAGAGAAUGGAGCUGUGUUUGCAGGAGGAGUGGAUCUGGUUAAGAAGAUCUUGGAUGAUGAGGUUGUUGUGGACUUUUAUGUAGCUGUUCCAGAAAUAAUGACUGAACUUAAUCCAUUGAGGAAGAAACUGAAAAAAAGAUUUCCAAAGGCUACUAGAAAUUCCAUUGGCCGUGACAUCCCCAAAAUGCUUGAAUUAUUUAAAACUGGACAUGAAAUUAUGGUAGAUGAAGAAAGGCCAAAUUUUCUCAGCACCAAAAUAGCAACAUUGGAUAUGCCAAGUGACCAGUUAACUGCUAAUCUUCAAGCAGUUAUAAAUGAAGUCUGCAGGCACAGACCACUAAAUCUGGGUCCGUUUGUGGUGCGUGCCUUCCUUCGUAGUUCAACCAGUGAGGGUUUGCUGCUCAAGACCGACACGCUGUUGCCCAAAGAAGCUGAAACCAAAGAAGCUGCCUGAGAGUUGUGUUGUGAAAUUAUUGGGGGACAGGAUUAAAAACAACAGAGAAAUCUAUAAAACUGUGUCAUUUCUAGUUUGGUUCCUUGUGUUUUCUUGAUCAGUAUAUUUAGAAGUAAAUUUUAACACCUUUUUUUUUUUACAGUUUCAAAAAUAAAUGUCAGUUUUUAAAAAUGC